AUGUUGGCACCAUGCUCCCCACCUCCCCUCGGGGUUCCUGGUGCCGUUGUUGGGUGGAAGAUUCCCAGUGGUGAGCCCUUGAAGGCUUCUCAGCAGUUGAUGCAUGGAGGGCCCUUGGGAGGUCACCACCUGUUGCUGUCGGCAGCCGCACUGAUGGGCAGCUCCCAGCUCGUGCUUGCCAGCGCCUGUGCGCGUGCUGCCCGGUCACGGGGUCCUGAGGGCAUACCAAUCUACAACCAGCUGCGAGAGAUGUGGCGCAGAAGGUUGAAGCUGACUGCAGUCCUGGCUGUGCUGCUAGCAGGGCUUUGGCUCUACCAAGGCUAUCAAGGUUGGGCCAACCUCAGCCGCUUCAACCUUACACAGCCCUGGUACCGACGACUUCCGGGCUCCACCGCUAUCGAAAGUUGGCUCUUGGGCACCCAUACGAUGGCGACGGUCCACGGAAGCCCAGUGGCCAUCACCAAGAGCACCUUGCAGAGAGACUUUGGGAUGGACGUUCUCCUGGUGAAUCGUGGGCAAACAUACCGAUUGCUCACGGCGUGCUUUCUGCAUAAUAGCAUCUUCCACAUCAUGUUCAAUCUUGGAUACCUGUAUACUUUGGCGCCUCUAGAGGUUGGCUGCCGUGGCGCCUUUCUAAGCACUUUCCUCCUCUCAGGCAUUGCAGGUAACCUUGCAUUCCUACACUUUGGCCAGGCGCGCUAUGCGUUGGGGGCCUCUGGAGGCAUUUGUGGCCUUAUUGGUUUUGAGUUGGUUUCCCUGCUGCGGAGUCGGCGCACCCGCGAAUUCAAUUUACUCCUCCGCUCCGCCUUUGGAAUGCUGGUGAUGGGGAUUUUCUUGCCAGGCUGUGCCACUUGGUGCCAUGCUGGGGGACUGUCCGCUGGCUUCCUCAUUGCCUUCCUGGUGGCACGCCGCAGCGGCUAUCGGGCACCCAUUCUGCCAUGGCCCUUGUUGAUGGGCUUGUUGUCCUUGGCACCAGCUGGGCGGGAGUUCCUGUCGACACUCAUCAAGGCACUAUGGAUUGGUGUUCAGCAGCCUGGUGCGCUGGCAAGGGGAUAUAGCCUUUGA